AUGACGCGCGCAAGACAGCUUCACGCAGGCUCCCACAGCUCCUGGUCCUCCAACCACUCCUCGUCCAGAGGCGGCUCGCUUCGAAACCGACGGCCCAAAACCAAGGACUCUCUUGAAAAGGAAAAACGUAUUCGCAGACUGGACGAGGCCAUUGUAACAGGAAACAUUGAAGAACUUCGUAAACUAUCUGUCACCGGAUCCGGCUUUGUCACCGACGGUAUCCGUCGCCGAGCAUGGCCGCUGUUGUUGCGCACCCAUGUUCCAAGACGACAAGCCGCCGCUAACACAUCAGUACCGCACAAAGACGACGACCAAGUCCGUUUGGACGUGAUCCGAUCCUUCACUCACCUCAGCAGCGAGACAAAGAGUCAACAAGCAUACAAGAAGCAAAAACAGGACGAACUCUUGCAUGUGAUCCUCGAUGUCUUGCAGCGACACCCAAAACUCUCCUACUACCAGGGGUUCCAUGAUGUUUGUACAUGCUUGAUUGUGGUCUUGGGCAAAGAGGCCGCAACAUUGGCGGCAGAGACCUUGGCGAUGUUCUUUUUUAGGGACUGCAUGCUGGAAAAUCUAGAGCCCGUGCUGGAGCAACUCUCGCUGAUGACUGCUCUCUUGAAGCUGGAAGAUCCAGAGGUCCAAGAGUUCCUGGACAGAUCGGAAACGCUCCCGUUCUUCCCGCUGAGCUGGGUUAUCACAUGGUGCGCUCACGACCUUCAGGACUUUAACAAGAUUGCCCGACUCUACGACUUUUUGAUCUGCUUCAACCCCCUCAUGUCCGUUUAUAUGGCCGCCGCUGUCGUCAUGUCACGGCGGGAAGAACUGCUGGAGGUCGAAUGCGACAACGCAAUGGUCCAUACGUUUUUGACCAAGUUCCCCAAGACCGUCGAUCUGGAGCUGAUCAUCUCACACGCCCACCAACUCUACAUAACAUACCCACCAGAAGCACUCCAGAAGCGCUCCGAAAUCUGGUUAGAUGAAAAUUCCUGCGUCAACACGUUCAGUCGGCCGGGAAUUCACCUCUACGAUAGCGCGGACGAAAAGAUCUCAUCCACACCCAUUGAUUUCACACCAAUCGACGAACUGUUGAGCAAACCCAGGAUCAAGAAGGAAAAGGGUGCCUCGGCAUUGUCAAAGUACCCCACGAACUCACUGCAGCUUUACAGUCGUAACAUGGCGGCCAUGCUUGUCUUCUCAGCUGCAUCUAUGGGCACUGCUACGCUCCUUCUCAUGAACUCUGCCAUGUUCAGGUAA